AUGCCUCAGAACGAUUACAUGGAUGAGCACCGUAGGCGUCACGGUCGCCGUAUGGACUACGAGGAGAAGAAGCGCAAGCGUGAGGCGCGUGAGGUCCACAAGUCGUCGCAGGUGACGCAGAAGAUGGUCGGCCACAAGGCCAAGCUGCACCACGCGAAGCGUCACGCCGAGAAGGUGCAGAUGAAGAAGAAGCUCAAGGCGCACGACGAGCGCAACGUCAAGCAGAAGGACGACGGUGCCGUCAAGGAGGGAGCUCUCCCCACCUACCUGCUCGACCGCGAGGGUCAGAAGGAUGCCAAGGCGCUCUCGUCGGCCAUCAAGGACAGGAGAAAGGACCGCGCCGCCAAGUACUCGGUCCCCCUGCCCAAGGUCCGCGGUAUUGCCGAGGAGGAGAUGUUCAAGGUCAUCAAGACCGGAAAGCACAAGGGCAAGAGCUGGAAGCGUAUGGUCAACAAGGCCACGUUCGUCGGCGAGGGCUUCACUCGCAAGCCUGUCAAGCUCGAGCGCUUCAUCCGUCCUAUGGCUCUGCGUAUGACCAAGGCCAACGUCACUCACCCCGAGCUCAAGACCACCUUCCAGCUCCCCAUCCUCGGUGUGAAGAAGAACCCCCAGUCGCCCCUGUAUACCUCGCUUGGUGUGCUUACCAAGGGUACCAUCGUCGAGGUCAACGUCUCCGAACUCGGUCUCGUCACCACAGGCGGAAAGGUCGUCUGGUCGAAGUAUGCCCAGAUCACCAACAACCCAGAGCUCGACGGCUGCAUCAACUCUGUUCUACUUGUUUAA